AUGAAAAGCUUCAGAGCAUUCAAAUUCCCAUAUGUAUAUCUAGAGGACACAAAGGGUAAGUGUCAGCCUGUGUAUAAGGAAUACGCAAAGAAGCAGCCUGCUCUAAACCUGAACAGUGCUUUCUUAGGCUGUCCAUUUUUGCCUGAAAAGAAGCCCAGGGCAGAAAACAAAACAACACUGAAAUCGAAGAGACCUCGCAGUAAAGUCCGCUACUGUGAAAUCUGUUGUUCAAAGUAUGAUGAUUACGAAUCACACGUCAGUACGGCCCUUCACAGGUCUUUUGGGGAUGAUAACUCAAACUACAAGGCUAUUGAUGCAUUUGUGACUGAAAUCAGAGGCACUACCUUCUCUCAGAGACAUCCUCGUCCAUCACCGUGUGAGCGACUCGACAACCUUUACGCCACUGCGUAUCUCGCAUCUUCAGCCCACAGUGUCUUUAAGUUAUGUAAAUUUGAGACAUUUGAAACAGAAGGAAUCACUGAAGAGGAUGUUCUCAAUUGA